CGCGCCUCUCAAAGAAAAAGCAGGAGAAAGGCAUCCUCAUAUUGCCAACAUGGACACCUCAUUGAGAACCCCCUAUACCCAGGCAUCUAUGCCAACAGCAUCAUCAACCCACCUCAAGCCUCCUACCGCUCAGCCUCACCCACGACGCUCACACUCACCACAAUCCGCAUCUUCAUCCCCCUCUGCUCCUCGACCACCGCUCACAAUCCACCCAACGGCAACAGUAGCUGAAUCCGCCGUGAUGCAAGGCACAUACCAAAUCUCCAUUGGCGCAGGGACAGUCAUCCAUCCACGCGCGAGGAUGUACUCAUUCGAAGGACCGAUCAUCAUCGGGGACGGCUGCACCAUCGCAGAAAAGAGCAUAAUCGGUACACCACCUCCCGAGACGAUGAAUUCAUCAUCACCGAGAUCUACUACAUUUACCCCUACGGCAUCAUUCACGUUCGCAUCUACAUCUAUGGAUCAGUCGACGACGCCGAAAACAAUCCGCAUAUCGACUGCUGUCUCGGUCGGUCCCCUUUCCUCCAUCCUCCCAGGGGUGCAGAUUCAUUCUGCGUCCACAGUCGACACUCUGGUCACUAUCAAUAGGAAUGCAGACAUAGGUGCGCACUCUAAAGUAUGUUCGGGGUGCGAGAUUCCCGAGAAUGGAGUCGUGAGUGAAUGGACCGUCGUUUGGGGCGCUGGGGCUGGUUUCGGACAGAGAAGGAGGAAGAGGGCUAAGGGUGCUAUGGACGUUUCUCCGCAUGUUGUCGGGGGUGUACAGCGAGAUCAAAUGAAGUCGCCGGAAGGGAGGGUCAUCGAGGAUGCGAGAUUGAUCGUCUUGAGCAGAGAACGGGAAGCGUUGGCGAGGAUGGUCGGUGUUGCUCCUGCUGGGUCGGGAAGGAGAAGAUGAUAUGGAGGAAGAAGUAUCAGGAUGGAAUUCUUUUUGCAUCGGUUCCAUUUGUUUCCCCUUGCUUUAUGAACCUCUAUGAGAUCCGUAUAUA